AUGGUCUCAUUUUCAUGCGAGGGAUGUGGUGACAUCCUCACCAAGAAGAAGCUCGAUCCUCACGCCAAUCAGUGCUGGGGCGCAUCUUUCACCUGCAUCGACUGCAUGGUACACUUCCAGGGCACCGAAUAUCGUGCGCAUACCAGCUGUAUGUCUGAGGCUCAGAAGUAUCAAGGCCAUCUCUACAGAGGCGAGAAGAAGGGCAAGGGUCAAAAUCAGAACCAGAAGAAACAGGACCAAGCACUCGUCCCUCAUAAAGCACCCGAAGCCCCCUCGACCGACGUCGCCAAAACCAAUGCUCCGCCGAAAGCACCCUCUCCUCCUCCUUCCGGUGCUGAAUUGCCGCCUGGUGUUAAUGUUUUCGACUACAUGGACACACCAGCGAAGAUCGAGUCUGCGCCCUUCGUCACCCCGGCCUCGAAGCGUGAACGCGAUGAAAAGAACAAGAGCGACAAGAAGCGCAAGAGAGAUGAUCAAGACAUGUCAGAACCUACUCCUGCUCUGCACACUGGUCUCACAGGCGGCCUGAACAGAAUGCUGUCAGGUCCCGAUUUCGGCCAGGAUGGUGCUGCAGCCAGCCCUCUUAGUCCCCAGAAGCGUAGCAAGAAGGACAAGUCAGAAAAAGAGGAUUCCAAGAAAGCUUCAUCCGUCAAAAGCUCGUCCAAGAAGUCCACAUCCUCAGACGCGCGCGAAGACAAGCAGCUCGUCACUUACCGCUCUCCAGCAGAGCUGUUCUUGAGUUUUGUCAACAAGGGUCCCGAAAGCGACAGCGGCUUGAGCAUUAACAAAGCUCUUAAGCGCUACCAUCGUGAGCGUCAAGCUCGGGGAGAGAAGGACGACGGCGACAAAGACCUCUGGAAGGACCUUCGCAUCAGAAAGAACGAGAGAGGAGAGUAUGUCCUCUUCAUUUGA